ACUUGGAUGUACGCUGCUCGGCUUGUCUCAAUACCUAUGAUGUGCUCAUGCAAACAAACCCUUGAAACAGUACGUCAUCAAACAUGCACUGGAACUCAUGAUGCAUUUUGGCUAUUACACAUUGUCAGAUACCUCACGAUUACAAGAUUUAGAAAAACGACAAAGAGAACGCUAAAGAAAGUGAAAACAGUGCUGGCUCAGUAAAUGUUGUCUUCUUUUUGAAUAAAUUUAAAAGAAAUUAGUAAUACAGGUUCUGGUGUGACGUUGUGGAGAUACACAGCUUACAAACAUUCCCGAGCGUCAGAAAGGAAAACCGUGCCCAAAUAAGCCGAAAGAUUUUUUUGGACACGGAAAUUAGCGACUCGUACCUAUUUCGGUUAAUUACCGUUUCCAAAUAAAUAACCGUGUCCAAAACAGUCAAAAGAUGUUUUGGGGCACGAAAAUUGACAAACCGUGCCCAAAACGGCUAAUUUCCGUGCCCAGAAAAAUCUUCGUCUCUACAAUGCAUCGAAUUACAAGUAAUUAGAGAUAACCAUUUUUAUUUAAUAAUCUCCGACUUCUAUUAGCUGUGCUCUCUUGACUUUAUAGGAAUAAUAUAUCGUGAUUUAAAACCUGAAAAUAUUUUAUUUGCAAGUGAUGGAUAUUUAAAAAUUACCGAUUUUGGCUUUGCUAAAUUAGUACGUGAUAGAACAUACACUCUAUGUGGAACACCAGAGUACAUUGCUCCAGAAAUUAUUUUAUCACGAGGAUAUAACAAAGCAGUUGAUUAUUGGGCACUCGGUGUACUCAUGUAUGAAAUGUCAGCGGGUUUUCCACCAUUUUAUGCUGAUGAACCAAUUCAAAUCUAUGGAAAAAUUGUUCAAGGUAAAUUCAAAUUUCCCGGUCAUUUUACAUCAGAUUUGAAAGAUAUAAUUCGAAAUUUAUUACAAUCGGAUUUAACAAAACGUUUUGGUAAUUUAAAAAAUGGUACAAAAGAUAUUAAACUUCACAAAUGGUUUUCGAGUAUUAACUGGAUUAAUAUUUUCGAAAAAAAAGUCAAAGCACCCUAUACACCAAAACCCGAUCGUGAUCAUUAUGAACGUUACGAUGAAAAAUCUAUACAAAAUAUGGCAUUUGUCUUACAUGCAUCUGAAUUUGAGGAUUUUUAA